AUGGAAAGGUUGAAUGCCGAACAGCGUGCGGUGUACAACACCAUCACUGAAACGGUGGAUCGGAGCAGUCAAACAGAGCAGAGCGAAGGACGUGCGGCAGACGAGGAAAGUGGAAGCCUAUACUUCCUGGAUGGACCCGGUGGCACUGGGAAGUCGUUUCUACUCGAGACUAUCCUGGCACACACCCCACGUCAGACGAAGAUUGCGCAUCAGCCUCCAGUGGAUUCGACGCAUUGCUUCUCACUGUUGCAGCUGGCGGACUUAAUGCGACAGGCGACUCUGAUCGUGUGGGACGAAGCAUCGAUGAGCAGCCGGUAUGCGCUCGAGGCCGUGGACCGACCGCUUCAAGAUAUCGUCGGAGUACGUCGUCCGUUCGGUGGGAAGGUUGGGUUGCUGUGUGGAGAUUUUCGCCAAAUCUUACCGAUCGUGCCCAGAGGAACGGAUGCGCAGGUGGUGCAGCACUGCAUCAAACGGAUUCCGCUAUGGCACCUCUUCUAUGUGUUGCGGUUGUGGGUGAACAUGCGCGUCCAAAAGGUUCCGAAUGCACAGGAUGCUAAUGAUGUUCAGGAGUUUGCCGAUUUUCUGCUUCGCAUCGGUGAGGGUCGGCCUCAAACGCUUCAGCGAUUAGACACCAGCUUCGCCAGCAUCCUGUCACCACGGAAUGUCGACGUGACCGCAAUCAACAACAGCGUGUUGGAAGGGCUAAAUGAACAGGAAGAGCUGUAUCUGUCCGUCGAUACGUUGGUGAAUAGCGAGGAACAAGAAACGCUAAUGCUGCCGACCGAAUUUCUAAACUCGCUGAACAUGAGCGGCAUUCCGGUGCAUAGGUUACGGUUGAAGCGAUAUUCGCCGGUACUACUUCUCCGUAAUCUCAACACCGAGCGUGGAUUGUGCAAUGGGACGCAGCUGCAGAUCGUGUCACUUAGACCGCAUUGCCUACAUGCACGGAUUCUGACUGGCAAGUGGCAGGUUGAAGACGUAUCGUUGCCCCGUAUCUUCUGCGACAGCAAUGAUGCGACCUUGCCGUUUCAGAUCCGUCGCAAACAGUUUCCAGUGCAAGUGUGCUUUGCGAUGACCAUCAACAAGGUAUAA